AUGGUCGGAUGUGGGUGUCUAGGGUUGCAACUGGUCACUUCCAUUGAACCUCGCGAAAUGCCCCCAUGCGGCCAAACGUUUCAAAUAGCCCCUGCCGAGGAAGCCCUACCCACUGCCUUCUCGUGGCGGAGAUGUUUUCCCACCAAAGUGAGAGGACGAAAAGCCGACAUACGGGGCUAUAACGGGAAAGCAUCCUAUCCAAGCGUCUAUUUGUCGCGGAACACCGAUGCAACACUCAAUCCACUGCUUCAAGGUGCGCAAUGUGACAUGCGUACUUUGAUCUCUAAUAUCAAAGAGCUAGUGCGAUAUCAAUUCGAUACACGUGGUAAACUAUUGCGACCGCUUCUAGUUACACUCAUGUCUGCUUGUUGCAAUCAGCAUGUGAACGGCUUGUCUCAUUUGGAAUUUUCUACAGAUCCUUUGGCAGACUUCUACACGGAUCGAAAGCUUGCUCAGUCUGUUUCUCCAAGCCAACAUCGAAUUGCCAUGAUCACUGAGAUGAUUCAUACGACCAGUCUGAUUCAUGAUGAUCUGUUGGAUUCAGCGGACUUUCGUCGAGGCAAAGAAGCUGCCUAUCGAACCUUCGGUCACCGAGAGCAUGAUAUUUCUGAUAAUCAAAUUGUCGGCGCCGACUACCGAGCACCAUUACUUCAAGUCAAGUUGAAGUAUUUCAAGUGCGGAGUUGAGUUAGUGCAUUGGAUCAAUCCCGAUGGUAUCAAAGCAGACGAUCGUGCAACCACUAGUGCCCCAGAUGGAAACUCUGCCGCUGUUCCCUCAUGUCCUACCUCGACUACUGUCCAAGUCUCAUCGAUUCCUCCACCAGCUGAAGUCCUUCUUCACCCUUGA